AUGUCCGUUGAUGGCGACAAGGCGCGGGGGUUCUGGGCAACAUGGGCCGCAUUCAUCGCGCCCUUCAACGCACCCGUCGCUGGCCGACAAUGCGGUUGGCGCCCGAUCGCCCUGCGUCCCCCUUACCUCGCCGGCGUUGUGUGUAUAAUGUUGACCAUGUUAUUUACACUGGAAGGACUCAGGCGAUAUAGCAAUCGCGAAGGAGGACUGGUCUUUUUUACCGAUACGGACGAUGUCUCCCCUCUGGAAUCCUUUGGUUAUAACUACGUGCCCAUCAUUUUGGCUCUCUUGCUUAUGAUGGUGUGGACGGUGACCGAUUUUGAUGUUCUUCGUCUCGAGCCGUAUUUUCAAUUAUCCAAGCCUGACGGAGCCCCGGCCGCAGUUCUCUUCAUCAACUACAAUUUCGGUCAGACCAUCCUCACUCCUAUCAAUGCCGCCCGCCGCCGUCACUGGAUUGUUCUUUGGGUCUCUAUGGUUACCUUAUCGAUUCGCAUGAUUCUUCCCGCGCUGCAGAGUACAAUUUUCGAGCUACGAGAGGUAGAUUUGGUUGUAUACGAAACGAUGAAGAGUUGGCCAACCCUGGUGGAUUUGAAUACCCAAGCGAUCUGGAUGUCGACGCAAGCGAACAACACCGUUGAUUCCGUUCUCUCAUCUGAUGAGCGACUGCGUCGUUCCAGAUCUUCCGAUUUUGCGAUCGCACCAGUCGAAAUCCCGAGCAACGAGGCCAACCACGCAGAAGAGGAAACGCUGUGGACCUUGGACCAGGAGCUUUAUUGGGCCCAGACAACGUGCGAGAAUGUGGGUGUGGAUGAUGAUCUGUCAGUCACCAUUGGCCAAACGACGAACGGGUAUCCAACGAUCUCGUGGAAUGCCAGUGGCAUCGAUAUGGAGGAUACGUAUGGAGACACGGUCCAAUGUAAACUGGAUUUUCACUACGACAGCAUUUGGUUUCCCUCCACCGAUUACCUUCAGGUCCGAUACUGGGAGCCUGUCAUGAGUGGCUCAGCCACGGCCGCGUUCUCGAAUCACACGCAAGCUUUCACGGCAACCGGGUGCGAUCCAUACGACAUCUAUGGGAUGCUUAUUGAAGUCAACGCAACCGAGUCUAAAACUUCCCACGAGACUGAAUAUUCUGCCUCUGGAAUCGCCUUUGCUUGUGACAUCACCUACCACAAAGCCGAUGCACGUGUUUUGAUGCACUCAAAUAGCUCCGUCGAAUCCAUCCAGAUUCACCCUGCGACGACUCGGACUCUAACUUCGGCAGAAUUCAACAUCGAUCAUUUCCAGGCUCUUCUUUCUCGACGCGCUCCGUACACUAGUGACAUGCUCUUCAUUCGUAAUAAUGCUACCACCGGCGCUCGCACGAUCACUGAGCUUCCGGUUAUUAGCCAAGAGCUGGGCGAUCUCCAACCCUUUUUGGUCCUUGACAUGUCCUCAAUCAUGACUGAAGCAGACUUGGUAUCCAGAAUUACUCGCGAUGUCAAGCAGACCUUUGUUCUAACUCUCGGGCGUCUCUUUGAUCCUGAUCGCAAGCCUACCAUCAUUCCUGCCACUCGGAGCACAACCCAAGUCGCCAUCUCUAUCGUACCAUUCGCAGCUCUUUGGUCUGAGCUCAUUCUCGGAUUGGCCACCUUGACCGCUAUCUACCUUAUCUUUAUAUACCGGUCUCGCGAGACCUUUCUCAAAAGUGACCCUGGCUCGAUUGGGGCCAUGUGUAGUAUCGCCGCAAACAUCUUCCACCCUUCGAACAUACUCGCCGAACCGCACGCCGAAUUCCAUCAAUUUUCCACCCGUCAAUUACGUCGAAUAUUUCGGAAUGCAAGAUGCCGCUGGCGGCUUGGCCCGUCAGGCAAUCAAAUCGAGAUACUUGCGGAUGAUGGUUCACCCGUACAAUUGGAGCCAAAUUUGCGGCUCUCCAACGACCCUAUGCCUCAUUUCCUUCUCAUCCCCUUCUUCAUUGUUGAGUUCUCAGCCCUGGCGGCAGUCAUCAUUCUCAUGGGCCUGGUUGUCUCUUCUCUUGUCAAAGAUGGCAAAUUUCGACAUUUAAACCAGUCGGAUUCAAGCACUCUUCAGGUGGUUCUUUCCUUCUUACCCUCAGUCGUGGCAUCAUCAGUGAGCUCGUUGUGCACAUCGAUCCAUCGGAAUCUCAGCGUACUGGAGCCAUGGGUUCACCUACAACGUGGGAUGGCGUCAGCGCGGGCUUCUCUUUCGCUCAACUACUCAUCUCAGAGCCCGUUUGCCGUAUUUUUCAAAGCUGCUCGUGACCGACAUGUCCUGCUUGGGCUGGUGUCUUUGGCCUGUGUCGUUAACAUGAUUCUGACUGUCGUUGCAGGCGGGCUGUUUACUCAGGAACUAACGUCUUCCACAAUGCCGACAAAUGACCUGAGCAUGAACUAUAGUCAGUUCAUGUUCUGGCGCACAGACUUUGCGGCUGAAUUCACCGAGUAUGACUUGAUUCAGACGAGUAUCACCAGUGGAGUCCCCAUGUUGUCUUGGACAAGCCCCAAUCAAUCCUUCAUUCCGGUCCAUGUCCAAAAUCGUGACCCAGACGCACUCUACGGAGCAACAACUCUAGGCGUGGGGGCAUCGUUGGAUUGUACUGCCGUUUCGCCAGAUCAAUCCCUUUACCGGAACCAGACAUCAGGUCACGAGUACUGGCAUUAUUCGCUAUUUGACAACUCCUCGGUGCAAUGCGUGGCACAGAUGCCAUCCUUGAAAAGUAAGAAUGAAGGUAUUGCGCUUUCAAUCCACUUUUUGUCCCCUGCGGAUAUGAACGGUUCGGAUGUCUGUCAAACCUCCACGGUUCUCGUUGUUGGCCGUUGGGACUACCUAGCAGACACUCCGAUCAACGACAACAACACCAUUGCCCUACACUGCGAGCCCAAGAUUCAAAUGCAGAACUAUUCGCUCCUCUUUGACCAGAAGGGCCAAAUUUAUGGGCACAAGCCCAUUGCAAAGACAUUGAUCACGGAAGGGGAGAUGUUCGAGAACGCCACCGUCAGCCUGGGUCAAUUUAACAAGGUGUUUGCAGCCAUUCCGGAAAGCUACGUGGGCAAUACCAGUUCUCACAAUGGCUCGUACAACAUAUCAUCUUAUGACUGGGCUGGAUUUCUUGUCGCUCGUCUCUAUCAACGUGAUGACCCUGACUUUGACUCUCUGCGCCCCGAGAAAAUGAUAGAUUUGACUCAAACAGUCUACGAAUGGGUCUAUAGUACCUAUUUCUCCAUUUGGCGAGACAUUUAUCUCAAUCCUCUGGACAAACCUUUGCCGGCCGAAAAUGCUACUGUCAUCAGAAGCACUUGGACGAUGGUACCUUCCGUGCCAUCACUUGCAAUUGCAUUGAUCAUCAUCGCCUUCGACACGUUGGUCGUUCUCAUCGUAUUUGGGACACGGCGAGGCCGCUUUCGAGGCCCACGGAUGCCACGGUCCAUUGGCGCUAUCAUACCUUGGAUUGCGCACAGUCGGAUGCUACGUGACUUUGAUGACACGCAUUCGUGGAAUAACACCCAACGACGUGCCCACCUUACGACCUUGGACAAGCGUUAUGGCUUUCGCAUGUUCAUGGGGCCUGAUGGCCGCUGGCGUUUUGCGGUGGAUGAAGAGCCAACUGAGGCGAAAUGUCCAGAUUCUUCACCCCCCGACACCCCAUCCCCAGUCCCCCAGGCUGAACCAGAGGCCGAGGUCAACAAGAUCACAUCUAUCCAACUGCAAGAGUUAUCAGGAUCGCAGUCACGGACGCGAAAUUAA